AUGAGUCACCUGAUGUCUUUACCAAUUGUCCUGUUGAAGGAAGGAACAGAUAAAGCACAAGGAAAGAGUCAAAUAAUUCGAAACAUUAAUGCUUGUCAAAUUAUAGUUGACAUAAUAAAAACUACUCUAGGCCCAAGAGGUAUGGAUAAGUUGAUAUAUAAUGAAAAAGAUGUAACAAUAACAAAUGAUGGUGCUACUGUGAUGAAUUUGUUAAAUAUAUCUCACCCAGCUGCUUCUAUACUUGUGGAUAUUGCAAAAUCUCAAGAUGAAGAAGUUGGGGAUGGUACUACAUCUGUGGUAGUAGUAGCUGGAGAACUGUUAAAUGAAGCAAAAGGGUUACUAAAUGAUGGAAUAGAACCCAAUAUGAUUAUUGAUGGGUUCAGAAAUGCAUGCAAUGUUGCAAUAAACAAAUUAAAUGAAUUGAGUUUAAAUUUUGUAAGUAAAAGUGAAGAAGAAAAAAAAAGUAUACUGAUAAAAUGUGCUCAAACUGCAUUAAAUUCUAAGUUAGUUUCUAAUCAUAAAGGUUUCUUUAGCCAAUUGGUUGUAAAUGCUGUAUACAAAUUAGGAGAUAAUUUGGACAAAUCAAAUAUAGGAAUAAAAAAAGUUACUGGAGGUUCAUGUUUAGAUACACAAUUAAUUUACGGAGUUGCAUUUAAAAAAACAUUCUCGUAUGCAGGUUUUGAACAACAACCAAAAAAAUUUCAGAACCCCAAAAUUUUACUUCUAAAUGUAGAACUAGAAUUAAAGGCAGAAAAAGAAAACGCAGAAGUAAGAAUCGAUAAUCCAAAUGAAUAUAAUUCUAUUGUUCAAGCAGAAUGGGAUAUUAUAUUUAAAAAAUUAAAUUUAAUAAAAGAUAGUGGAACAAACAUAGUUCUCUCGAGACUUCCAAUUGGAGAUAUUGCAACUCAAUUUUUUGCUGAUAAUGAUAUUUUCUGUGCAGGGAGAGUAGAAGAUGCAGAUUUAAAAAGAACUGCAAAUGCUACAGGUGCUGUUGUACAAACAUCUCUAUUCAAUUUAAAUGAAAACAUAUUAGGAAAUUGUGGAAUAUUUGAAGAAGUGCAAAUAGGAAAUGAAAGAUACAAUAUUUUUAAAGAAUGUUUAAAAACUAAAACUGUAACUAUAAUUUUAAGAGGGGGUGCUAACCAAUUUAUAGAAGAAGUAGAAAGAUCAAUUAAUGAUGCAAUUAUGAUUGUACUUCGAUGUAUUGGCAAUUCAGAAAUUGUUCCAGGAGCUGGUUCAAUCGAAAUGCAAUUAUCCAAGUAUCUCAGAAUUUAUAGUAGAUCAAUAUGUAAUAAGGAACAAAUUGUUUUAUACUCAUUUGCAAAAGCUCUUGAGUCUAUCCCUCGACAUUUAGCACACAAUGCUGGAUAUGAUUCCACAGAUAUUUUAAACAAAUUAAGGAAAAAACACUCAGAAGAAACUAGUGAUAUCUGGUAUGGAGUUGAUUGCCAAGAGGGAGAUAUCAUUAAUGCAUAUGAUAAUUGUAUUUUUGAAGUAACAAAAAUUAAAAGAAAUGUUAUUUACAGUGCCACGGAAGCAGCAUGUCUAAUUCUUUCCAUUGAUGAAACCAUCAAGAAUCCGAGCAGCAGUGCUGACAAGGGGCCAAGAAAUCCAUAUGCUUGA